UUGCCGAUUGGCUCAUUCAAGUAUCGCUUUGUUGGCGGUUUGUUCGUACACUUCAACGAUUCUUGCUACUUAGAUAGCUAGUCUGUCAGCUAAAGUAUGUUGCAAAGGUUUGUCUCUGAAAAUGGAUGAUUCUGCAAAACAAGUUUUACGAAAGAUUAUCCGUAGAAUACCGUCGAAUAAACUGCAAAAUAUACUAAGCAAAUGGGAGCAUCUGUCAAAGAAGCAGUUCCGAUCACUGGAGUUUACGCAGGCUAAAUGGCUGCUUUGUGAUAAUCUCCUUUCCCUCUGUGAGGAAAAUGACUUAUCCAUGAAACACGUGACAGAACUGGAAAUGAUUUACCGUAUCGAGAACCCUGCGCAAGGAAGUUGGAACGUAUGCCAGCUCAUUGACCCCAGUGAAGAGGCCGUGACUGUAGACUCGCUAACUUUCAAGGACUCAUUCAAAGCACACCUGAAGCAUCUCAUCAGUCACGUUUCUGUAAAAAUGAAGAAGCACGAGGAUAAUGCCAUAUGGAUUCGCAUUGCUUGGGGCGAUAAUUUCACCCAGCCUAACCACCUCAAUCCAACAUACGUUGUGCAUCAUCUUCAGACACCUUAUGUAUUUGUGUCUGGCUUGACUGCGAAGCACAAGCCUUUUUUACACCAGGCCUUGAUUCCAUCUACUCAUUAUGGCGGCCUAAAGGAUGUUCACCUCAGUGGGCGGUGCCUGACUGCUUUGAGAGAUCUCUUAAUGAGACAGUACAAGCAGGCAUUUCCUGUAAAACAUCCAAGGCUCUUACAGGAGAAAAGUCCCGUACCAUCACAUCCCAAUAUAGAAACUGAGCACGCAAAACACACUGAAAAGCGAUUGCAGAUGGCUGCCGAGGCGUUCGGUGAGGGAAUUCUGCCAAAAUUGGAAACGGCCGUUUAUAAGCUGGAAACGAGGUUCAGAGAGAAUGGGAUGCCAGGCAGAAGAGAAGAGCCCUUCAGAGGCGUGGUCAAGUUUAGCAGCAGCAACCUCCUGGAGUCAUUAAAAAAUUGCGUCUCAUCAGGGAUGGCAUCUGCCCCAGUCACUCCACUGCUUUCAUCCAUCACCCAGAAAGGAAGGAAUUAUUUUGUAAUCACGGACAAAGGACCUGGAGUCUCCCACACACAAGGUCGCAAGAUCUGAAGUUCAGAGACUGCUCAUUUGAUAUGUUUUUACCGUAUGGAACCCGAAUGCAAUACCCUUUUUUGGUUUGGGAUAUUAAUGUGACCAUUGUAGAGCUUAUUUUUUAAAGUUCUUGUAUAUAUUACUCUAGUACUAUAAAACUUUUCCUCUUUUUUUUUCUUUCUUUUUUUACACUGCUGUCAAUGUGUAGUUGACCUCUAAACAGAGGAUUAAGAAGGAAUGCAAGAUCAUGAAUUCAAUUACAUUUUUUGGUUUCUUUUAAGACCAUUCAACUUUCCCUACCAUGUGUUGGUUACGUGCUUUCAGGCUUAGUUUAAAUUAAAUCCUCUGGGUUUUUGUAUUUUAAAGUAAUAAUUCCUGAUUUUAGCAUUUUUAUUUUUUCCUCUAAAUAAAUUGUAAUACAAAAGUAUAAUUGAUUUGUUGUGCUGUUUUAAUCCUGGAACUGUGCACAGUCUUUGCCUGUUGCAGCUUUAGGUAAUGUGGCACAUGUAUUCUGAUAGGUCAGAAGUACUCUUCUUUCAGUGACAUAAUAUCUUCUUUCUUCCCAAGAUGGUUGUUUGUUUUGUUUUUAGUAUAUAUUUAUUAAUAAUACAAUAAUGAAAAACUGGUUUAGAAAAUAUUCUAAAGUUCUAGAAAGGUAGAACUGGUGGAGAAAUGAUUGCAUGGCCAUGUGAAACGGAUCCAAUUGUCUGUUUUGCAAACAGACCAAAAAUGAACCUGUUCCCAUAACAUUUUUAUUAACAGUAAGGCUAAUCAAGUUGUUAGGUCUUUCUUGCCUGACACUUGCAACAACUACAGAACAAACAAUAUAAUUAUGGGACUGAUUUCAAUAAAUGAUAUUUGACUGU